AUGGAGACAGAAGAGGUUGCCACUUUUCGGAUAUUCCCGCGGGAGUACUUUCCCUUUCUACUAUCGAGAUUCUACACAAUAUACAAGAUGAACGCUGCUCGUUUGUUUGUAAAGAACGUCUCGAGAAUGGCAGGACGAUGCUGCCGUCGCAACUUUAGCGAAACUGCCGUCCGCAAGAAUAUCUGGAUUGAAGAGCACAACGGUAUUAAGGAGGAUCUCACCAAUCGCUUCGAGUGGAGUGGACAGAAUAUUAUGAAUACCAUCGUGUUUUUAGGACUUGUUCCUUGUUUUGUGUAUCUUGUGGGAAAGAGUGCUCAAGAUAGACAGUAUGAAACACCCGACAGAACGAAAGCAACUCGUGCGACCUUCCAGUAAAAUAUUCUAUUA